AUGGUAAGUUUUAUUAUUCAAAUUGUUGCGGAAAUAUUUUCUGAUCACACAAACAAAGCCAUGUUGACCGACUCAUGUACCACUAUCUUGAUCGAAAUAGAUAUAGAACGAAGCUUGGAAAUAGUCAAUCAAAUUACAGGCUCUGAAAACUGCGAAUUCUUAGCAUUGAAUUAUGGAGUUCUAGAUUGUCACUCAUCCGGACUUACAUUGAGGGGAGGACUAAUUUCAUUCAUUUAUGAGGCAUUUAGUGCUAACGAAUAUUAA